GCCACCUUGUAGUACCCUAUUUUGCAUGUAAAAACAAAUACAACAAUAACAAACAUGGAUGAAGUGAAAUAUCGAGGUGUUCGUAAGAGGCCAUGGGGAAAAUAUGCAGCGGAAAUUCGCGAUACUAAUAGACAAGGAGGGGUUCGUGUUUGGCUAGGGACAUUUAGCUCCGCUGAAGAAGCUGCUCGAGCUUAUGACAAGGCAGCUUAUAACAUGAGGGGACAUUUGGCCAUACUUAAUUUUCCAGAGGAGUAUAACUUGCCUAGAAGCUCUUCUCAUUUUUACAACAAUUCUUCAUCAAUGCCAUCGUCGUCUUCAAGUAAUGUUCAUGCAAGAAAUGAUCAACAAGGAAAAGGACAAGUUCUUGAACUUGAGUAUCUUGACGAUCAUGUUCUUGAAGAACUUCUUGAUUGUGAUCAACAUGCAAAUAAGAGAAAAUGAAGAUCGUUUUUAUAUCAUUAUAAAGCUAAGUAUAUCGCGUAAUAUAUACUAAUAAUAAACCUUAUAAUGGGGGGGUUUUUAUUUCAAUAAAUACUGCCUUUUUUUGCAUGAAGAGGGAGACGUAAAAUCUUACCUCUUCAUAGCCUAUAUAGUAAAGUUGGAUGGGCCAACUUUUAACAAUGGUGGUGCAUUUUAUGAAUAUAUAUGCAAUGUGUGCUAAUUACCUAUUAAAUUUUGGCCAAUAUUAAUGCUAAUGAUUAGCUAUUGAGUGUAUGUUCAUACCAAUUAAUUAUAUAAGAUUGUGACUAUGGGAA